AUGAAGAAGUUAUUCCUUGAGAAGUAUUUUCCAGCAUCAAAAGAAGCAGUGAUUCGCAAGAAGAUUUAUGGUAUUAGACAAGUAUCCGGAGAGACUCUCUAUGAGUAUUGGGAGCGGUACAAGAAACUUUUAGCUAGCUGUCCACACCACCAAAUUAGUGAUCAACUCGUUAUUCAAUACUUCUAUGAGGGAUUGCUGUCUAAUGAGAGAAAUUUGAUUGAUGCUGCAAGUGGUGGUGCACUACCAACAAGACCAUUGCGGAAGCUACAAAUUUGUUGGAGAACAUGGUUGCAAACACACAACAAUUCUACACUCGAGGUGAACCAAUGGAUGGGUAACAUGGAGAGGAUGAUGCAACAAAUAGCAGCGGCUGUAAUACCAUCAUACACCGAUGAAGUUGAGCAAGCAAGUGCUAUGUACCAAAAUCAUCAAAGGUCAAGAUAUGACCUAUAUUCCAGCACAUACAAUCCGAGUUGGCGUGAUCAUCCUAAUUUCAUCUACGCCAAAAAGCAAGCUGCAGUUUCCAAUCCUACUUUCAAUCAACAAGGAGGGUACCAAUUCAUGCAAAGACCACAACAAGAAACUCAAGGUACUCUUAUGAUGCAAAAUAUGCAAGAGAUUUCAAAGACAAUGCAAGGGUUCAACCAAUUCCAGCAGAAAUCCGAGAUGGCUAUGAGAGAUGUGCAAAACCAAGUUAGUCAAUUGGCUAAUGAUAUGAAUCAACUCAAGGCACAAGCAGCUGGAAAACUUCCUUCGCAACCACUAAAUCAUAAAAAGAAUGUGAAUUCUAUUGAGAUACGAAGUGGAAAGCAAAUAGAGAAACCGACAGCAUCACCGGAGUCCCAUGAACGUGAUUUAGUGAAAGAAGUGGACGAAGCAGUCCCUAAAAAGGAUGAUUAG